AUGGAGUUUGUGGACGCGAUUGGAGAGCUUAAAGCUCUACCAGAAGGCACUCACCUCCUAUGCCCGCGCCAAAACGAAGACGAUUACGGACGAUACGAUGAUUUGACCCAAGUGAAUGAGGAUGGGAAGAAAGUGAAAGACAUCGUGGCAGAGGCCAAGCUGCGGAAGGAGAAGUUCCUCUCUUCUAUGCGUAUACUUGCCUACAGUGCGGACGGUGUGGAGGAACUACAAACCUGGGUUCUGGGCAAGUUGGAUGACUCCUUAGAGAAAUGUGAUCUCUGUAUCAAGGAGUACUACACAGGGAAGAUCUGGCUCAUGGAACUGCUCAAAGAGGACUAUCAAGAAGAGGAUAUUGAGACAUUUGCUCAGCGAGUUGAUCAGUGGGACAUCAAGCGUAUAACACGAAAUUUGACGACUGCUACUACGCAACUCAAGAGUGUUCCUCCGGAAAAGAUUGCGUUGGACACCUUGGACCGGGCGGCCUUACUGGCAAUAUUCGAGACUUUAAGUUGCGAGGCCAUGCUUCGCAGUGACAGUCUUCUUCAACAGUAUUUUGAUGAGCCUUUCCAGCUCAUCCAGACAAAACGGACACUGAAAAUCUCGGACUACGUCCCUGCUGUUUCCCGCUUCUUAUUUGACUCGAAUCAGCUGCGUAGCUUCUGGGCUAUCGCAACGUGGACCCGCUACAACCGGCCUCCAACAACAUUGGAGUUUGAAUGGGCCCUUCGGGAUGGGAUUCUCAGCGCAUUGCAGGCUGCUUCCCAACAGCCUCCACAGAUGCCGCUCAUCCAGCGUCUAUGGCGUGGAAUGCAACUCAUUCUGAAGAAGUUAGAUAAAGAGCAGAUCACGCACCAGCUCCGGGCGCUGGACAUUGAUCCAUGUCGUCUUUCGGUUGAUCACCUGGCGAUCCCAACACCAGGCCUCAAAUUCCUUCUUAACACUAUGCAGAUCUUCCUAGAAAAGGCUCCGGCCGACUUUUGGGAUGCAAUGCAGACCAUCUCACCGCAGGCACUUAUUGAACAGACAUUCCAUAACCCUCAGUUCAGUACCUUCUUGCGGCAGGUUCAAGAGGGAGAAUCAUGGGAUAAAUCUGUUCUAAAGGACAUUUUAUCAUGGAUCAGUCCGUUCUUGACAUCGUUAAAAGGUGCUCACCAGCCGUCUGCUUGUCGAGCCCUGGCUUUGCCAUUGUUGAAACGCUUCCAAGACCCCCAGUUCCCCAAUCUAGCUCGGUAUCAUUGUUUCCACGCUGGACUGCUCAGCCUUUUACAUACCUUGCGAUUCUUCACGGAUGAUGAAGCAUCUCGAGGGUCUGUUGCACGAGUGGUCUUGAAAGAAACCAUGGAAGUGUUAGGAGAUACCAUUCAUAUUAUUUUGAAUCCUCCAACAUUUGCCAUUGAAGCACAACUGCAGAAGAAUAUCGUCUCGUUGUGUAUGGAUGUUGUCCGUAAUACCUUGGCUCUCGAGUGUCAAUCGCUUAAGAGUGACUACGAGGUCAUCUUGCGACAGGGCACUCUCUCGCAUGGAGUUUCUACGUAUUCGGCACCUAUCUGGGACGCGGUCAUCAAACAUCUUCACCCGAACAAUCUCUCCCUUUCCCAGUCUGCUCUUCUGGGAAUUCUGCCGUUGGUGGGCCUAGAGGGGUUCCCCACGCCCUCAAAGGGCGAAGGCAAUCCGGAAAAGAAACACUUCAACUCGAUCUAUGGCCAUCUCACAAAACUAUCCUGCCAGAUCAUUGAACGACUGUCCGACUUUCCACCGGAGCAUCUGAAUGAGUUGUUUUCAGUACAGGACACGGCUAGCGCACUGAUCUCUGCGCUGUUCGCCGCCGACCUGGACACGUACCAAGCCUCUGUUGAUUUGAUCAAGAACGUCAGCGGUCAAUCUGCUCGACGAGAUGCGAUCUCGCAUCUACUGGAUACCUUCUUCCUACCGACCAUGUACGGUCUCAGUUGGUCAUUCCGCCGAAUUUCCAACAUGAAGACGUUUGCCCCUGCCCCUCGAAUGCUCCAUACAGGAACCGAUAUUGUAGAGAUUCUGUGUAACAGCCAGACUGGCAUGCUUCGAACGCGCAACCUCACUGAUCGUAAAGAAAUUCUGUCAUUGCAAAAAUUGUGGGAGUUCCUGUGGUCAGCACUGAGUACAAUCUUCGAUGAGACGGAGGCAUGGCACCUUCGAGGCAAUGACAAGUCUGUCAUGCUAGAGUUCUGUCGAGACACCAUUCAAUUUGCGGAUUUUCUCUUCGAUCAGUAUGGAGUGUUCUUAGGUGCCUUGGGGGGAACGGAGUCCGAGCAGAAGUCAGUAUCAGAGAAUUUCCUCAACUCUCCCAAUCGGACCAUGAAUGCUAUGGUCAAAUGGUUGAGAUUAAAGGAUGAGUAUCUAGCCAAUACUCUAGUGGGCCUCGUAGCUAAGCUAUUGAGGAGACUGGGGUCGCUGGAUGUGGAAGUGACAGCAGAGGCAGCGUUGAGGUUCAUUGAGGGUGUUGCAGUGAAUGCUACAAUCAAAACAAUCCUCACCCCGCGUGACAAGGCAGAAUUGGUUAGGGCUUUAGAAGCCUACCAAAAGAAGCCUGUGGUCACUGCUUCCACUGCUUCUCUCAAGAAGCAGUCCUCAAUCACCUCUUUCGCCAAACCUGUCGAUCCUUCACUUUCUUCCUCCCACAUCCCCAGCGAUGACGAUUUCGACGAAAUUCCUGAAUCUACUUAUGAACUUUCUCGAUCCGUCGAAUUGAACAAAUAUCGUCGUGCUGCUUUAUCGAAGCGCCAAUCUGACCCUCCCACGAAAAUGGGACUCUCAGCCUUCAACAAAGCCCUGCCGAUAUCAAAACAGGGUGCAGCUCACCCACCUGUACGAUCCACCACAAACGAUGUCACCAAUGUCUUGUCUUUCCGUGAGAAGCGUGAGCGUGAAAAAGAGGCAAAGAAGCGACGUGAUCAAGCUGAGCUGGCACGUCUCAAGGGACAUCUCCCUCAUGGGGUUGCGGGUCAAACUGCCGAGCAAGGCUCAGGCUUGAAAGGUAUUGGUAUCAUGGGUAAAGAUCAUGCAAUUCCUCUAGAUAGUAUGAUGGUUUCGUCCGGCUCUGACACUGAAUCCUCGAGUGAAGAUGAGCUUGAUAAAGCGCUUUUUGGCGCCAAAGCCAAGAAACCAGAGGCUGUAGCCGCUUACGAACAGAGCAAGAAGCAGUCCCUCCAGCAGAUGCCCGUGAAAAAGGUUCGACGUCACCGUUCCAUGAAGGAUAUGCGCGCCCGUCUGGCCCCAGACCUUGGAUCUCUGCAUCAUGCCGUGUUGUCCUGGGAUUACUUUGCAACCGGCGACCAACCCCCUAAUUUAGAUGGAAGCGACUAUGCACGGGUUACCAACACAUACCGCUCUCCUAAUGAUUAUCAAAGCACUUUUCAACCCUUGUUGAUCCUCGAAGCCUGGCAAGGAUUCCAACAGGCCAAGGAAGAAGGAUCCACCCGCCCAUUCGAGGUUAAGGUCAUGUCCCGAUUGAUCGUCGACUCCUGGAUCGAAUUCAGCACCCAACCCCUGGGCCAACCCGUGAAGGAUUUCAGCCUCGGCGAAGGCGACCUUAUUCUGUUUUCGAGCUCGUCAAAUCCCACCGGGGAUCCCAAUGCCGGACAUCUUCUAGCGCGCGUUUGCGGCGUCAACCGCAAAAAUGGAAGGCAGGAAGUUACCUAUCGUACAAACCCAGGAAACGGAAACAACAAAUACCUCACGUCAUUCGCCACUGGAUCUACUGCUUUUGCCGCCAAAAUUACAUCCCUAACCCCCGUGGAACGUGAAUUCGGCGCCUUGAGUGCCCUACAGUACUACGAUUUGUGCGAGGAGAUUAUUCUGGCCAAGCCGUCCCCCAUCCUUACCUAUGCGGAAACGAAACUCCAGUCAUUCAUGAACAACUAUCUCGUCAACCUUGCUCAAGCCAAGGCGAUCAAGUCAGCCAUCGACAACGAUGGCUUCACUCUCAUCCAGGGACCUCCUGGUUCCGGUAAAACUAAAACCAUUACUGCCCUCAUCGGCAGUCUUCUUUCAACUUCCCUCGAAAAAGCCGGGGUUUCGAUUGGAAGUGGCUAUGCUUCUACACGAACUCCUUCCCGAAAAAUUUUGGUCUGUGCACCCAGUAACGCUGCCGUGGACGAACUGGUCAUGCGUUUGAAGCAAGGAGUCAAGACCAUGAAUGGACGUGAAGAGAAGAUCUCAGUUGUUCGUCUUGGAAGAGGCGAUGCGAUCAACGCCAAUGUACUCGAUGUCACUCUGGACGAGUUGGUCGCUGCUCGAUUGAACAAGGAUCCUACUUCCAACAAUUCUGUCGAUAUGAAGAAGUUGUACGAAGAGCACAAGAACACUGACACUGCAUUCAAAGAAGCUCGUUCGCGUCUAGAUGAGUGCAGAGCAAAGGGACUGCCCGCUCCCGAUGAGCUCGAGCGCGAAUUCGAGAUGCUGAAAAAGAAACGGGCUCAACAUAGUGCGGCGAUCGACAAGGGCCGUGACCAAACUCAUACCAACGCUCGUAACGCCGACCUGCACAAGAAGCGUGUCCAACAGGAGAUUAUCAACGAGGCCCAUGUCAUCUGCGCUACUCUCAGCGGUUCCGGCCACGAGAUCUUCCAGUCAAUGAGUAUCGAGUUUGAGACCGUCAUUAUCGAUGAGGCGGCCCAGUGUAUCGAGCUAAGUGCAUUAAUUCCACUCAAAUACGGUUGCUCCAAGUGUGUGCUUGUUGGUGACCCGAAACAACUGCCGCCCACCGUCCUUUCCAGAAUGGCGUCCAAGUUCCAGUACGAGCAAAGUUUGUUCGUCCGCAUGCAGAAGAACCACCCUCGCGAUGUCCACCUGCUGGAUACACAGUAUCGUAUGCAUCCUGAUAUUAGUCGCUAUCCCAGUCUUACUUUCUACGACGGCAAACUUCAGGAUGGCCCCAAUAUGGCCAAGCUCAACAGCCGUCCUUGGCAUCAUAGUGACCUGCUUAGUCCCUACCGAUUUUUCGAUGUCCAAGGCAUGCAUUCAAGUGAAGCCAAGGGGCACUCGCUGGUCAAUUACGCCGAGUUGCAAGUCGCUAUGCAGCUGUACCAACGUCUAGUUACUGAUGUCAAGGAAUAUGACUUUGAUGGUAAGAUUGGUAUCAUCACACCCUACAAGGGUCAGCUAAGAGAGAUGAAAACCCGGUUCGCCCAGCGAUAUGGCGAGGACAUUCUUAAGAAAGUUGACUUCAACACGACCGAUGCCUUCCAGGGACGUGAAGCCGAAGUUAUCAUAUUCUCCUGUGUUCGUGCCUCGAGCAACAAGGGCAUUGGUUUCUUGGCUGAUAUCCGACGUAUGAACGUCGGUCUUACUCGUGCCAAAACCUCCCUGUGGGUCCUGGGUAACUCCCGGUCCCUGGAGCAGGGUGAAUUCUGGAAUGGCCUCAUCAAGGAUGCACGCACUCGUAAUGUCUACACCGAAGGCAACAUUGCUCGUCUCCUUGAGCAGCCGCAGUUCACUGGGUACAAGGAAGUCAAAAUGGAAGAAGUCGAUACAGCCGAGACUGAAGAAGCACCAACUCCUGUGGAGUCUGCUGUCUCGACCCCCUCUAUCUCUUGCCCAUCCUCGGCAUCAAUUGGCCUUGAUUCUCGUUCAGUCUCGGUAUCAGCUUCGGGACGGGGCACCCCUCCCAUUGCCCCUCCCGAUGGGCCUUCUGGUGGAUUCUCGGGUUUGGAUAAAUCAAAAAUGUGUGGAGUCUGUGGCAGUGCCGAUCAUUUUACCCACAAUUGCGAUAACACUGAAGCCAAGUCUGCGGCUCGUGGAAAAUGUCACCGAUGUGGCCGUGUCGGCCACAGCAAGAAUCAUUGUACCACGGAGCGCUGCGAGGAAUGCGGUGAAUUCGGACACAGGAUGCUCAAGUGCAUGGCCCCACAAUUUAUCAGUAAGGAGGCAAAGCUCCGUAUCAAACGCGAAGAGAACCAUUUCAAGGAGCAACAGCGACAAAUGACUGAGCGCCGACGCCAAUCCCAACUUGGUGACCAUAAUCGCAAGAUACCUGUUGUUCAGGCAACUACUGGCUCGUCCUUUGAGAACCCUGGAGGCAAACGAAAGCGUACCGACACUUUAGUUCCAGAAGGCCCCAAGGCAUCGCGUCCCCGCACAGAGAACAACCCACCAUCGAAUGCUCCGAGACGUCCACGAGGAGCAGCUGCACCAGUGAAUGCUCCCAAGAGUCCACGAGGGGCUGCUCCCCCUGCACCUGCUGCACCUACUGAUCUCAUCAAACCGUCUCGAGAUGGGCCCGCUUACCCGACCACAAACAAGUCAAACAAGCCGCCACCAGACGCCCCGUCGGGACCGAAGGAUAUGACAAACCCCAACGGUGGUCAACCAAAGCCUCGUCCCCCAGUCAUGCGCAAGAAGAAACAAGUCGAUCCGUUUAUACGCCCCAAGCCACGAAAGUAG